ACGAGCCCGCCUCUAGGAAGCGCCGCUUGGCGGAGCUGUUUCCGGAGCUUGGGUCGCUAUGGCUACCGGGACCGCCGCUCCGGCGAGUGCUGGAAUAAGCAGCUGCGCCGUGAACUCCUUGAUGCCACCUGCCUGAAAAGGGUAACGGAUUUUUAGGACAGGAAUCGCCAUGACCAUUAUUGCCUCCCAUAGUGGCUUUCAUCAAUACAAAGGAGAAACAGACCCUGUCAUCGGACUUACAAUUUAAAAAGUCAAGACACCCAAGGAAAGAGGAGUGGUGGAAAAAGGAAGACAAGGGACGAAGCAAAAUGGAGAAUUCAUCUUCAAGCAUAGAAUCUGAAUACAUCAAGAACCUCCAACAGCAAAUUUACUUCCUUGAACUGGAAGCUAAUUUUCUUCGUGAUCAGGCUAAAAAACACACCAAACUGCAACCUCUCAUUGCAUCUGAAAAAGAACAAAUGCUGCAAAAGCUACAGGAAUUACAGUCUUAUUCUGAUGGCCUUCAGCUGGAGCUAAAGAGAAAAGAAAGUGGUUUGAACAUACUGAAGACAGAGAGGGAACAACUUAGUAACCAGAUCAACAUGGCUGAUGAGUGUCAUUCGAAAGAGAAACAGGCUUUGGUAGAAGAAAUCAUAGCACCAAAGAGAAAGAAGGAACAAAAUGACAGACAGAUCUCUGCAAAAGAGGUAGAGAUACUGCGUGCUCAACAGGAACUAGAGCAGCAACAGAUGAACCUGAGUAACACAGAACAUACUAUCCUUGUACUACAAGCAAAGGUUAAGCAACGGUCAGAACAGCAGAAGGCGGUGGAGUUGCAGCUUUCUGAAAAGAGGCAGGAGUUAUUGAAAGUUCAAUCUGCUGUGAAUGAAAUGGAAGAUAAGAUCUUUAAGAAAACAGCAGCGAUGCAAGAACAAAUCACUCACGAACUACGGAAUGAGAUAUCUCUCCUUCAUCAACAAAUACGUGAGAGAGAGCUACUAGCAGAACAGGAUCGUUUCUUAAGAAGUAAAAUGGUGGGUGAUUAUACAGCACUGAACAAGGAAAAUUCUGCACUGCGGUCCAGGCUCUUGGAACUUACCAGACAAACAAACAUUGAGAAAGCACUCAAGGAGGAGAGCUAUACAUCACACUCUGCCAGCAUUGCUCAGUUUCUUACUUUGAAAGAUCGUGAAGAACAUCUGCAACAAGAGAUCAAGAGGCACCAAGAACUCCUGAAACAGGAAAAUAACAUCUUCCAGGAUUUUGAGGAUAAGAUUAGAAUUUUGGAAAAAGGAAACACAUCUUUUAAGUUAAGCAUUGCAACAAUGAGCAGUCAAGUAACUGAAGCAAGAGCCUUGUUGGACAGAGAGGAGCAGGACAAUGUUGAACUAAAAAGAGACAAAGUUCUGCUGGUUGAUCUUGCAUCUAAUCUACAGAACCAGCUCAUUGAUAAAGAAAGCAGUCUUCUACAGACUUCCAAUAAGAUGCUGCAGCUGGAUGAAGCAAUAUCAGCGUUAAAAACAAGGCAUGUGUUACAUCAGUCUCUUGAAUCAGAAAAAUGGGAUAAAAUCUCCAAAAUGGCAAAUUCCAUGAAGAAACUCAACAAGUCAAUGACAGAUGUUGUAGUCAAAAUGGGAAAAUAGGAAUCUGGUAUUGUAGAUGGGUUUUGAUGUCUUAGAAUUUUGAACACUGAUGAAUUUAAAACAUUUAUAUGGUGUCAUGUGACCUAGACAAUUAAUAGUAGAAAUUGGCUCCCCUACAUUUCUACUGUUAGAGGUGUCUGCUGGAUCAAAAGUUCUUUCCACAAGCAGAGUGGCACACCUGGGUUUCACCUACAAUGUUUAGGGUUUUUCAUCUGUUUUUGUAGACCAUCAUAUAAUUGAACAUUUUGUAUGUCCUCUUAUAUGUAUAUAGUGUGUGUGUGUGGUUGUGUGUGACUUGCUCUUCAGUGCAUCAUAUUAGAGCACCUUCUGAUGGUAGUCUUAGCAUAUCUUAGUUGAUAUGGUCCAACUUAAGCAUUUCCUUGGCUGGUUGUUUUAUAUGGUAAUACAUUGAUCUUUAUAAUUUAUAUAUAAAGUUUAAGCACUGAUACCUUGCCAGCAAAAAGUUUUGGUAAUCUGUAGAUGAAAAUCCACUGGCUUCUAUGACCCUUCUAUGUUUAUGUUUAAAUGUGUCUGUUUAAAAAUAUGUUAAAAAACCCCAAAACCCCA